CCUCCAUCAAGCCGAUCGCCCAACGCCUCAACCGACCUCCUUGGCCUGCCCUUCGCCUUGGCCGGCUGCUUCCCCACCGCCGACCAUGUCCAUGCUAUCGUCGUUCCAGUCCCAGCUCAACAAGGCCGUCGGUGCGUCCCGCGAUGCCGUCGCCUCCAUCCAGCAUUCGCUCAAGUAUGAUGCCACGUCCGGCUCCCAAUCGCCCUCCCAGUCCAGCGCAUCGCUGCCCACCAUGGCCGACUCAUCUAUCCGGCCCUCGGUCGACGACCCGCUCACGGAUACCCCGCGAGCCUCCAUGGACUCGAUCAUCAGCCAGAUGGAUCUGGCCCCAGGCGAGAUCCAGGAAAAGCUCUCGCGGCUCAAGAAGUACGAGUCCAAGUUUACGGACCUGGUCAAGGCAUACAAGCUCAUGCAAAAGAAGAACACACAGAUCGAGUCCAUCAUCCGGAGCAACACCCCCAUCGCCGCCAUCAACAACACGCAUGAUGUCGAGGCCUUUGAUACCUAUCUCAAGAGCAUCCGCCAGAGAAACGAUAUUUCGGCCGAGGAACUCACCAAACUGACCCGCGAGCUCAAAGAGUCCAGAGAAGCCCACCGAAUAGACAUCACCUCAAAGACGGAACUGCUCAGCAGCCUCCAGGCCAUGCUGGAUGAGCGAGAGAAGGAAAUCGAGGUUCUUAAGCAGCAGCAAACCGCCCCUGCGACCCCUGCGGCCCCUGUCGAAGAGAUCGUCUCCCCCCGAAGCUCGUUCAGCGACCCCCUUGCCGCCACAGGCCACGAGAGCACGCUGCAACUCAAGCUCAAGAUCCGCGAACUCACCAACUCGGUCAAGAAGAUGGCCGAGCAGCGCGACGAAGCCAGUGCCAGGUGUGAAGAGCUGCGUGUCGAGAACGAGGCAAUGGUCGCCAAGCUCAUGAACUCGGAUGUCAACACCGUCAUCAAAGAGACGCCGCUCUCGCCCACCAUUUCGGCCACCUCACCCGUCAAGACCGAUACCACUACGAUUCUGAUGGAGCUCGAGACCAGCCGCGGUAAGGAUGCCAAGCUGGCCCAGCUGCAGCUGGAUCUUGCUCAAGUCUCACAGGAAAAGUCCCAGUUCGAGGUGCAGUGCCGCGGUCUUGACGAAGAGCUCGUCCAGCGCAAGCAGCAAGUCGAAGUUCAGGACGCCGAACUCACUGCCUUGAAAAAUGAGACCUCGUUGCUCAAGCUCCAGCUCAGCGAGAUUUCGGGCGAGAAAUCCGUCCUGGAGACUGAGAAGCUGCACCUCGUCGAUCAGAUCCGCGUUAGCGAGCUAGCAUUGGCCGAAGAAUCGCGGGUGCACCAGGAGGAGCUCUCCCGCCUGGGACAGUCCAUCGCUCAACUGAAUGACAGGCUGGACCAGCUUUCCUCCGCCAAGGCUUCCUCCGAGUCCCAGCUCCAAUCGGCCUUGAACAGCGUUGCCGACCUUGGCAAGAGGAGCGACGAUCUGGCGUCCGAGCUUGCUGCUGCUCUGGACAACGCCAAGGACGCCGACAGUCUUCGCCAAGAGCGCGCUCAACUAGCUGCCGAGGCGACCAAGCUCACGGAUCGGAUCGCCGAGCUCGAGUCACUGCAGAAGCUCGCUGCCGAGGAGAGAGAGAAGUCCUCGGCUCAACUCCAGAGUCUCGCUGACGAGGCCGAGCGCCACCGCUCCGAGCUCGAGCAUGCACGCCAACUCCACCAAGAUGCUGAGAAAACGGCAUCCGAGCAACUUGCAGCUGCUCAGCAGAACAUCGAUGCCCUGCAGAAGCAACACGACACUGUCUCUGCUGCUCUCCAAGAGUCGCAGCAGGAGAGCUCUCGUCUGAAGGCGUCGCUUGAUCAGCAUCAGCGGGAGCUGACCGAAAUCACCAACAAGCUUGCUGCCACUCAGUCGGAGCUUGCCACGAUCACCAAAAAACUCGAGUCGGAUCUGUCUGAGAGUGCUUCGCGCGAAGGAUCCCUCAAGUCUGCCGUCGAAAGGCUCGAGAUCGAGCUGGGCAACAGCAGCUCCCGGGCCACAGCGCUGGAAGCCGAGGUCAAGGAUCUGCAGGCACAACUCGGAACUGCGAACACCUCGUCUGCCCAGCUGCAGAUCCAGCUGGAUAGCCUCCAGUCUGAAACCCACAUCAAGAUCCGGCGUCUCGAGAGCUCCCUGAGCGAGCGCGACACCAGCAUCCAUCUCCUCAACGGACAAGUAGCCGAUCUCAAGCAGCAGCUUGACGGUUCGGACCACUCUGACGCCUCGAUCCGCUUGGUCGAAACCGAGGCCAAGCUGCGCAAGCUGCACCUGGAUCUGGAAGAGAUCCAUGCCAAGAGCCUCCAGGCGCACGAGGAGGAGAAGCAGCGCCAGAUCAAGUAUCAGGCCCUGGCAGAAGAAAAGAAGCAGGCCGAUCUGCAGCUCGUCUCUCUUCAGGAGCAAUCCGCCUCCCGCCAAGCUGCCCUGGAUGAGCGCAGCACCGCCUACGAGGCUCUGAAGCAGCAGGCGGAUCGUCUCCAGCACGAGCUCGAAGCGGCUCGCGCCGACUGUGUGGCAGCCCAACAGCAGAUCGAAGACGCCCGCAACCGGCAACACGAGCUGGAGCAUGCAGCCGAGUCACUCAAGACCAGCCUCGGUUCGCAGAUCCAGCAACUUGCUCAAACGAUCGAGCAACAAAACGAGCACAUCAAGGUUCUGGAGCCUUUCAGGGACCUGCACACGCAGCAAGAAGAGCGGGCUCGUGUCCUGGGCGAGCAGCUCGAAGAUCUUCGGUCCAAAACCAGCGCACUUGAGGAUCAGGAAGCCGCUGCCAAGCAGAAAGCAGCCGCCCUCGCUCAGCAGCUGAAUGAGUCCGAUGCUGCCGUCCGUGCUCUCAAGCAGGCGGAUGCAGACCAUACCAAGCGCCUCUCGGUGCUGCAAGGCGAGCUCGUCCAGGUCCGUGGCGACCUCGAGUCGGCCCGCGUGGCGCUUUCCGAAAAGGAAGACAAGCUUGGCGAGCUUGAAGAUGUUGCGCAAAAGGCGCGUGAGGCCAAGGAGCACCUCAAGGCGGCCAAAGCCCGCGUCGUCGAGCUGGAGCUUGCGCUUGAAGAGUCCACUAAGAAGUCGGAGGAGCUUGCUGAAAAGGCCGAGCGCGAGUGGAAACAGCUGACCGAGCUCCAGGCGGCUGUCCAGACUGCCACCAACCAGAGCGCCGAGAUCGAGAAGCGUCUGCAGACCUCUCAAGAGCAACACCAGCAGCUCCAAGAGGCCUCGAAGCGCGGCGCCGAACUGCUGGAGGGAGAGAAGCGAGCCCUGCAGCAGCGCAUCGAGGAACUCACCGCGCAGUUGGAUCAGGGCACCGUCGAUGGUGCCAAGUUCGCCGAGCUCCAGACCCAGCUUGACAAGCUCGCUGCCGAAAAGGAAACCCUCCAGGUCCAGGUCGUGCAGGCCGAGAUGCUUCGGGCGCAGGUCGAUUCGCUGACACGGCGGUAUACCGAGUCGCAGGACCAGGUCACGGUCCUGCAGGAGAGCCUGGAGCAGCGAGCCAGCGAGAAGCAGGAGUUUGUGCACCGGGUCAACAGCGCGGAGGAGUCGCUGGCCCUUGCCAAACAGACCAUCCACCAACGCGACGAGACGAUCGGACAGCUGACCGCCGAGCUGGGCGAGCUACGGACCCAGUACGAGCAGACCGAGGAGAAAAAGAUCAAGGUGGUGCAGCUCCUGCGCAGCAGCAAGAAUCGAAUCAUCAAGCUCGAGGCCGACGUCAAGCUCAAGGAAGACGAAGCCGCGAAGCUACAGGAGCGCAUCGCUGAAAUGCAGGCACUCCACGAACGGGACCUCCGCGAGCGCGAGGGCCAGAUGGCGACCGUCACACGGCAGCUCGAAGACAUGCACAUGAGGCUGCGAGGCCACGAAGCCACCGACGCCGAAAACGAGAGCAAGAAAGCCGAGCUCGCGAGCGUGGCCGACCAGCUGCGUGGACGCAUCACCGAACUCGAGGCCAGUCUCAGGGACCAGGUGUCCGUAGCGCAGUCUCUCCGGGCCCAGCAAGCCAACCUCACCACCAGCCAGGCGAUCGUCGAGGCCCAGGCCGAUCAACUGCGCCAAUGGAGUGCGCGCAUGAGGGAGAUGGAGGAGCGGCUCGCCACCCUGGACGACGAACUCGACACGAGCAAAAAGCUCUUCCAGAAGAAGAGCAUCGAGAACGACGGCCUCAAGGUCAAACUUUCGGAGCUCGAGACCGAGGUUUACAACGCCAACCAAGCGACCAAGGUGUCCAAGGACGAACGCGAGACACUCAAGCGCGAGCAGCGCGACCUCAAAUCCGAGCUCAACUCUCGCGAGAACGAGCUCAAGAAGCUUGACGACGACCUCAAGACCGAAACCCUCAAAUCCACCGAGCGAAUCGUCGAGCUCGAAGAGAAGAUGGCCGAGCUUGAGGAAUCUAAUCGCCAUCUGUCCGACACGAUUGCGUCGCUGCAGGAGGCUAAGCUCAAUGACGGCGUGUGGCAAGCCCAAAUCGAGCAAGAAAGGCAAAAGUCCGGCCUCCUCGAAGAAAAGAUCCUGGCGCUGGAGGAGGAGCUCCGCAGCAUCGCAGCUUCCCACGAAGACACCGUGUCGGAGCUUCGCAUGCGAGAAGGGCAGCUCAAGAACCUCAACAAGGCCCUCAAGGAAGAGGUGCGAAAACUCUCCCGCAACUUGAGCCACAGCAACUCCCAGACCAACCUGAACCAAGGCGCAAACGGCUCAAGCGCCAGCUCCCCGAUCGAGCGGCGUGGAUCAACGACGUCGAACCACAGCAUGGGAUCGGGCCGGAAUCCAAGCCAGCCUGGAUCAGCAGCGAGCUCGUUGGAGUCGCUCCCGGACCCCAACACCGAAUACAUCAAAAACAUCAUUAUCAAGUUCCUCGAGUUCAAGGACAAGCGGGCUCAGCUGCUCCAGGUCCUGGGAAUGAUCUUGAAGUUCACUCCGGAUGAACUGAAGAAAGUGCAGAAAUACCUAUGAUAAAUUUGGCUCCCCCUCCCCUCUCUCACACAAUAUCGAUUUGUCCCCCCCGCCCGCCUGCACUAGUAUAGCCGGCACGCGGGUGCUUGGUGCCGAGUGAGCAUCAUUUCCAUUUCCGCCCAACGGCUCUGUCCAUACCUGCCCACUGUGAUCGCUGGUCCGCGCUAUGAAUCGUUCGAUAGCUGUAAUUGCACUCUGUUUUUGCCUGCGUUCGGGACUGCUUCCAAAAUACAGACACUUGAUCCCCGCUCUCCUCUUCUAUUUCUCUUUGGGUCAUUGCGUCGCUGCUCUCUCCAACAUAUCUCCUUCAAUUGAUUGAUGCUACCAGAAUACAAAUCGAGUAUAUUGGGU